AUGGUGUUUAAACCAAAAUAUGAAUGGAUACCUGUGUGUACAAGUGGUAGACCUGGUCUCUGUGAAUGGGCCAAUGCUCUGUGUCCAAAGUCCAUUAGCCCUGAGUAUCAUUGGUGGUCCCCUUCUCACUACUUUUUACCAACUCGCAUGACAACAUCCUCAGGUUCCCAUCAAAACAACUCUUCAGUGACUGAGUUUAUCCUAGUGGCAUUAUCAGAACAACCAGAGCUCCAGCUACCCCUCUUCCUCCUGUUCUUAGGGAUCUAUGUGUUUACUGUGGUGGGCAACUUGGGCUUGAUCACCUUAAUUGGGCUGCAUUCUAGCCUUCACACUCCAAUGUACUUUUUCCUCUUCAACUUGUCUUUUAUAGAUCUCUGUUACGCCUGUGUGUUUACCCCCAAAAUGCUGAAUGAUUUUGUGUCAGAAAAUGUAAUCUCUUAUGUGGGAUGUAUGACUCAACUAUUUUUCUUUUGUUUCUUUGUCAAUUCUGAAUGCUAUGUGUUGGUAUCAACGGCCUAUGAUCGCUAUGUGGCUAUCUGCCACCCUCUGAUGUACACGGUCACCAUGUCCCCUCAGGUCUGUUCUCUGUUGAUGUUUGGUUCAUAUGUGAUAGGGUUUGCUGGAGCCAUAGCCCACACUGGAAGCAUGUUGAGACUGACCUUCUGUAAUUCCAACAUCAUCCACCAUUAUCUGUGUGAAGUUCUCCCUCUCUUGCAGCUCUCCUGCACCAGCACCCAUGUCAAUGAGCUGGUAUUUUUUAUUGUUGUGGGAGUUGUCAUUUCAAUAUCUAGUAUCAGCAUCUUCAUUUCUUAUGCCUUGGUUCUCUCUAAUAUCUUCCAUAUUCCUUCUGCUGAGGGCAGGUCCAAAGCCUUUAGCACAUGUGGCUCCCACAUAAUUGCUGUUGCUUUGUUUUUUGGAUCAGGGGCAUUUACCUAUUUAACAACCUCUUUUCCUGGAUCUAUGGACCAGGAUAAAUUUGCUUCAGUCUUUUAAACCAACGUGGUUCCCAUGCUUAACCCUUUGAUCUACAGCUUGAGGAAUAAGGAUGUGAAAUUCGCCCUGGGUAAAACCCUGAGAAGAGUGCUCUUCUGA